AUAGUUAUCGGCGACUCGGCGCAAACGCGUAGUGUUUUUUUUCCAGUGCCGAAAACAAUAUCAAAAUUUUUUCAUAACAAUGUUGAUUUUUUAGAGACUGCUACAAAAUUUUAAAGCACAUGUACCUCGCUGAAGCGAAGCAAACGUGAGAACCGAUCGCCAGAAGAAGCCGCAGCUCGUUGCAUAAACCGCGCAGCUCCCCGCCGAAAGCAAAGAGGUGCUCCCCGGGAUCCCGAACUUUGGAUGCGCCGCGAUGGGCUUGCUGGUGCAAGUGUUCAAGUGGGACCAGCGAUGGCGCCUGCUGCAACGGGUGGACAUCCUGCUGCGGCGGGGCGUCAAGAAGCAAGCGGUGUACCCGACCAAGUGAGUAGGGUCCUGAAUCCUCCCGAAUAUUGCAUAACACAUCUUGCCCACAGACUCGCUGAGGUGGGUCGCUUGGUGGAGGCCCGCGACGACCGGUACGAGACGGGCCAACUCUUCCUGCACCGCAUCUUCGGCUAUCGCGGAGUCAUCCUCUUUCCCUGGACAGCCCGCGUCUACGACCGGGAUCUGCACAACCCUGGCAAGGUCAGCGCAACGACGACGGCGACCGCCAGUCCGACGCAGCAGCGCCGCACCAAAGAGGCUUCCCUACGGGUGAAGGCCAACACCUCCGCUCCGCCGACGGCCACAACCGCCCAGAGCGGCGAUGCCCCCUCCUCGGCGGCCUAUCAGUCAGACGCUCCCAGUGAGGCAGAAGGCACUACGAACAUAGGGACCGCCACGCAGGUGGAUCCCAAGGAGGUUAAAGGCAAAGUGCAAACCUUCUACCAGGUCCUAAUCGACACCCGCGACUGUCCCCACAUUCGCGCCCAGACCGAGGCGGUCACCUUCCUGGGCAACCAGGACUCCAACCGCAGCUUGUACGCCAUCCCCGGACUGGACUAUGUGGCUCACGAGGACAUCAUGCCCUACAACUCCAGCGAGAAGAGUCCGCUGCAACAUGAGCUGUUCGACAAGUUCCUCACGCACGCUCCAGAGGCGGAUCCGCCGUUCGUGGGACAGGACACCCUGAAGGCGUGGCAGGAGAAGAACCAUCCCUGGCUGGACAUGAGCGAUGUGCACAAGGAGACCACGGAGAACGUGCGCAUUACAGUAAUCCCAUUCUACAUGGGUUGCCGCGAGACGCCGGCUAGUUCGGUUUACUGGUGGCGUUACUGCAUCCGACUGGAGAACCUUGGCGAGCUGAGUGUGCAGCUGCGCGAACGCCACUGGCGCAUCUUCUCGCUGUCCGGAACCUUGGAAACGGUGCGCGGAAGGGGAGUGGUGGGCCAGGAGCCCAUUCUCAGCCCCCGGCUGCCAGCCUUCCAGUACAGCAGCCAUGUGAGCCUGCAGGCACCCAGCGGCCAUAUGUGGGGAACCUUCAGGCUGGAGCGCGAGGAUGGCUAUUCGUUCGAUUGCAAGAUUCCGCCCUUUUCACUGGAGAGCAAGCCGGACGACCUGGGACCACCCACACCGGCUACGCACAGCGCCCACGAUAAGAAGCGCGACGAUAGCGACUAAGAGGCAGUUGUUGAACCGUAGUUAAAUGAUUUUAAAACGCAAACUCUGACAAUGCAUGGGUACAUGUGUUUAGUGCAAAUUACAAUAAUCAACUAGGACGCAGAUCCCGUUCCGUUUCUCAGCCCAA